AUGGAAAAUCUGCAGUUUCAGCAGCAACCUACUGAAGUUGCAUCUCACAUCACUCAGACUGUGAUGUAUGACGUCGUUGGAGGUGGACAAGUAGUGCUAGUUACUCCCCCCGAGGCAGGACCCACAUAUCUGUCCCUGGAUUCUGCAGAAACACAUCAACACAAUAAAAUGGUCCCAGGUGAAGUUGCCAAUGUGCUGGAGACUACCAAACAGCAUCCUGAAAACCAUCAGACAGCUUGUUCUCUGUAUGAGUGCAGAGUUCAGACAACCAGCAUCCAGCCUCAGGCCUCUCUGCAGAGCUACUGUGAGUGUUUCGCCAAUGGAGUGAUGUGCAGCAACUGUGACUGCUCUAACUGCCACAACAAUGAAGAGCAUGAAAUGAAGCGUCGUGAAGCAAUCAAGCUACGUAACCCCAAUGCCUUCAAGUCUAAGCUUGUUGAUUGGAAGACAGGAAAGGCCAAAAGUUGGAACAACAAAGGCUGUAACUGUAAACGUUCAGGAUGCCUGAAGAACUACUGUGAAUGCUAUGAGGCUAACAUCCAGUGUACUUCCAGCUGCAAAUGUAUUGGCUGUUUGAACCAUACAAACAACUCUCAAGUGGGUGCCAAGGGGGAAGAGGGGAAAGUGAGGAACAGAUGUUCUCAGUCAGUGUUGACCGCUGAAUGGGUGGAGACUGUAUGCGGAUGUUUGCUGACUAAGGCAAGUGAGGCUGAGAAGGAGAACAAGUCACACACCAUGGCUCAGCAUUUGGUCCUGGCAGAGUUCGGACAUCAUCUCUCAGAAAUUGUCAAAGCCAUGUUCGACUACUGUCCACAGUAACACUUUCCCUAUGAAGGACCAGAAAAUCUCUGGAGCCCUGUGGUGAACUGAAAAGCUGGGCAGCAUCUGCUUUAGCUACACAAUUAGCAUGUUUGAAUGUUCUACAGGCUGUUCGUUGUUUUAAAAUGUUUCCUGACAUUUUGUGAAACUUUGAUGAAUUCUUUAGUUUGUUAUAUAACCCAAUAUAAAGUUUCCUUCUCAUUUAUUUUUAAUUUGUUGUAGUUGUAUUUAUAACAAAAACAAUAUGUUAGAUAUAUGGUCCUAUUUAAUGGAUCAGCACUUAGCAUUCAUCAGCAUAACACAAUAAACCAA